CACACUCCACCACACGCCUAGCUUCUCUUUCCAAAAGCAUGGCGUUCACUGCCCUCUCAUUGCUAUACCACCUCUCGAUCACUGUAUCGCUUGUCCUAGCUCGUGGCAUUAUCAUAGCCGGUGUUGUUGACAUAGCUCCACGUCCCACUCCUCUACCUCUUCCUCCGCAGCCACUUCUUGCACCCUCUCCGACUCCUCGUCCUCCAGGUCUUGGGGCCCCUACUCGCACUCCUCCUCUUCCUCUUCCUCUUCCUUCCCCUAGGCCACCACGCACUCCGCCUACAACGACUCCUCUUCCACGUCCAUGGUUGGGGGCACCUUCUCCUGCCCGUGUUCCUCGUCCUCCACGGCUCGGAGCACCCCCUCGUACUCCUGUUCUUCCGUCUCCUCGAGUAGGUGCUCCAUCUCCCGCACCUCCUCCUGUUCGUCCUCCACAGUUGGGAGCUCCCCUUCCUACCCCUGUUGCUCCUACUCCUCAGUUGGAGGAUCCCUCUAGAGGUCCUAUUCUUCCUCGACCGCCUCUCAAGGGUGUUCCACCUUCUACUCCUCCACUUGUGGCACCACGGUUAGGGGCACCCCUCCCAUCCCCUCCUGUUCCUUCAGCUCGGAAGGGCACUCCACCUCCUCCACCACAGUUUAGGGUACCUAUUCGAUCUCCUGUUAUUCCUCCUCCUCAGAAGGGCAUUCCACCUUCCGCUCCUCUAAUUCCCGCACCACGAUUAGGGGUACCUCUUCCAUCUCCUCCUGUUCAGCAGCCCCCUCGGACUCCUAUUCUACCACCCUCUCGAAAGGGUGCUCCACCAUCUAUCCCUCCACUUUCUCCACCAAAGUUAGGAGCACCACUUCCGUCUCCACUUUUUCCUCCGCCUCGACUAGGAGCUCCCCCUCGCACUCCUAUUCUUGCUCCUCCUCCUCAAGUUCGUGCCGUAUUUCCUAGUCCUCGUAGCCCUCCUCCGCGUUUGGGUGCACCUCUUCCAACUCCUCUUCUACCUCCUCAGUAUGCGGCCGCUCCUCCUCCUCCUCCGUCUCCAUCUCCACCUAUGGUGGUGCCUAGUGGGCCUAAGGUGCCAGCCUUGCUCGCGUUUGGAGAUUCAAUCGUGGACACAGGAAACAACAACUACCUGGUGACCGUUGUGAAGGCCAACUUCCCGCCGUACGGCAGGGAGUACCCUAACCACAAGGCUACUGGCAGGUUCUCCGACGGCAAGAUCACCGUGGACUUUCUAGCGUCUGCGCUUGGGUUGAAGGAGACGCUCCCGCCAUACCUGAACAAGAGCCUCACCCUGGAGGACCUCAAGACCGGCGUCAGCUUCGCGUCGGCGGGGAGCGGCUACAACAACGCCACGUGCCGGACGUCGUCGACCAUGACGAUCGAGCGGCAGCUGCAGUUGUUCUCCGAGUACAAGGCGAAGGUGGGGGGCAUCCACGAGAGGGCCCUCUUCGUGGUCUGCUCCGGCAGCAACGACAUUGUGGAGCACUUCACCCUCGCCGACGGUAUGACCUCGCCGGAGUACGCCGACAUGAUGGCCCGCAGGGCCAUCGGCUUGGUCGAGGCGCUGAUCGGCCAAGGCGCGCGGCAGAUCGCGCUGACCGGGGCGCCGCCGGUGGGGUGCGUGCCCUCGCAGCGGCGCAUCGCCGGCGGGGUUCGGAUGCAGUGCGCCACGGACCGCAACCAGCUGGCGCUCUUGUUCAACCGGAAGCUGAGCCUGGAGGUGGCCAAGCUGUCCGGGAAGUACCGCGGCGUCAACAUCUUCUACGUCGACCUCUACUCCGUCCUCGCCGACGUGGUCCAGCGCUACCAGGCUCUCGGGUUCAAGGACGGCAAGGACGCCUGCUGCGGCUACGUCGGCCUGGCGGUGGGCCCGCUCUGCAACAUCGGCAGCCGUACCUGCCCGGACCCCUCCAAGUACGUGUUCUGGGACAGCUACCACCCCACCGAGAGGGCGUACAAGCUCAUGAUGGACGACUUCCUCACAAGAUACAUGAGAUACAUACACUAGCUAGCUAGAGCUAGUCGAUCCGCCAUGUUAAUUUGCGCUUUAAUUAUAGCUUGUUGCUAGCCGCUCGCUUUAUAUUUUCUUAUCAUAUAUACUUAGGUUCUUUAAUUUAACGAAUAAGUAUGUAAUCGAAUCGAUAGGCAUACAGGCGCUCGCGCAUCAUAUGAAGUUCUGUAUGGGUUUUCCCCUUAAUGUACUGCUUAAUUUGCUCCCAAUAAAAUUGGAUGGUUAGGGACCGUUUGGCAUA